AUGGCAGUCCUCAGGAAUCUUUUGUUGACUGUUGGUGCUGCAUCGGCAGCCGUCGCGAGCAGCAGUGACAAUUUGAAGUCGUGUCUCCAGUAUGCCUUGACUGACAGUGGCAGCGUGGCAUUUCCUGGAGACCCGUUCUAUCAGAUUUCUGAUGUGAAGGUGUACAACUUGAACAUUCCUAUCACUCCAGCUGCUGUUACUUUCCCCACGUCAUCGCAGCAAGUUGCGGCCAUCGUCAAGUGUGCAGCAGACAAUGGGUACCAUGUCCAGGCUAAAAGCGGUGGCCACAGCUAUGGCAACUACGGCCUCGGAGGAACCGAUGGCGCCGUCGUUGUGGACCUUAAGCAUCUGACGCAAUUCUCAAUGGACAACACAAACUGGCAAGCAACCAUUGGAGCUGGAACCUUGCUUGGAGAUGUGACACGACGCCUGCACGAUGCGGGAGGACGGGCCAUGUCCCACGGAACCUGCCCCCAAGUUGGAUCGGGCGGACAUUUCACAAUUGGCGGGUUGGGCCCGACCUCACGGCAGUUCGGCGCAGCUCUGGACCAUAUUUUGGAGGUGGAGGUUGUGCUGGCUAACUCGAGUGUUGUGCGAGCCAACAAAGAUCAAAAUCAGGACAUUUUGUGGGCUAUCAAGGGCGCCGCUUCGGGCUUCGGCAUCGUUACCGAGUUCAAGGUGCGGACUGAGCCUGAGCCUGGCACUGCUGUGAAGUAUGAGUACAGUUUCAAGAUUGGGACAACUGAGCAGCGAGGUAGUCUUUUCAAGAACUGGCAGGCUUAUAUGUCUAACCCUAACCUGACUCGGAAGUUGGCUUCUACUUUGACUCUGCUGCAAGACAGUAUGAUCAUCACAGGAACCUUCUUCGGCACACAAGAGGAGUACGACGAUCUGAAGAUUGGAAGCCAAUUCCCUGGUGCUAAUGGCACUGCCGUUGUUUUCGAAGAUUGGCUUGGUCUGGUGGGUGACUGGGCAGAGGAAGCUGCCUUAGAACUGGGCGGCGGCGUCGCAAGCAACUUCUACUCGAAAUCUUCAUCCUGGACGCCCCAGACCCUUAUGUCAUCCGAAACCAUCGACAAGAUGUUUGAGUACAUCGACCUUGCUGAUAAGGACACCCUUCUAUGGUUCCUCCUCUUUGAUUUCCAGGGAGGCUACACCAGUGAUGUCUCAGCCGACACGACUUCAUAUGCUCAUCGCGACGUUCUCUUCUGGCUGCAGUCCUACUCAAUCAAUCUGCUGGGCUCUGUUUCGCAGACUCAAAUCGACUUCUUGGACCAGGUCAACAAGAUUUGUACCCCUACCGAUACUCCCUAUGCCGCUUAUCCCGGCUAUGUUGAUCCUCUCAUGCCUAAUGGUGCCGAGGCAUACUGGGGUUCCAACCUGCCCAGACUGCAAGAGAUCAAGGCGGAGAUCGAUCCCAAGAACGUGUUCAAGAACCCCCAAAGCCCACUGCCCGCAUAG